AACGGUGGCAACGCCAAACAGGUAGCCAUUUUUCUUUCUUUCCCCAUCUUCACGACCGCGUGGACGUCGAUUCGUAAAAGGGAACAACAGUCAACGAUAAGAUGACCAACUCAAAGGGUUACCGCCGCGGCACGAGAGACAUGUUCUCUCGCCCCUUCCGCAAGCAUGGCGUCAUUCCCCUGUCCACAUACAUGCGUGUCUUCAAGAACGGCGACAUUGUCGACAUCAAGGGACACGGUGCCGUGCAGAAGGGUAUGCCCUAUAAGGCGUACCAUGGCAAGACUGGCCGCAUCUUCAAUGUGACACAACAUGCCGUUGGUGUGAUUGUAAACAAACGUGUGCGCGGCAAGGUUCUCGCUAAGCGCAUCAAUGUUCGCAUCGAGCAUGUGCAUCACUCCAAGUGCCGUGAGGAUUUCCUGCGCCGCGUCAAGGAGAACGAGCGUCUGCUCAAGGAUGCCAAGGAGAAGAAGAUCUGGGUGAACCUCAAGCGUCAGCCUGAGCAGCCAAAGAAGGCUCAUUUCGUCAAGAAACUGGAGGAACCCAUCGCCCUGGCGCCAAUUCAAUACGAGUUCGUUGCAUAAACUGAAAGCGAAGUAGAAAAAGGAUGUGUUUUUUGUUGUUUACAAUUUGUAACUGUGAAGAUUGGUUUGAUUCGAAACUAAGUUCGAAAUAGAAUUGAUUUUCCAUCCGAUUGCCGUAAACAAUCAAAAAAGUGUGUGUUUAUUUUAAGGGUAAAUAAUAAAAUGUUGCUAAAGGAA